AUGGCUACAACGGCACCAGAAAUAAGAGAAAUAAUAAGAGCAGUAACAGCAUCAGACAUUGCAACAACGGCAGGAAUAGGAGCAUCCGUGACAGCAGCACCUCAAAGAUGGGAAACGGCACCAGGCACAGAAGCAGAAGGCGCAGCAACAGCGGCUGCGAAUCAGCGGCGAGAGAGUGUCUUUGCUGCCAUUCGAUCUCUGAAGCCUGACGGGUGGCUUUGGAUAGGUGACGCUGGUUACUCAGAGGGAGAAGACGUAGCAUCGGUGCAGGAGGCCCUAAGAGCGCUGAAGGAACUUAAGGGGUGGCAGGCGCUUAGAGAAGAGCUUGGCUUUGUGGACGGAACGUGGGAUGAUCAUGACUUUGGGAUGAAUGACGGGGGAAGCAACCAAGAAAACAUCGACGCGCUCCAGGAGGCCUUUCUGAAUUUCCUGGGGGUCGCUUCCUUCAGUCCACGGAGACAGCGGAAGGGUCUCUACUCUGCGCAUCUUUUCCCCCUUCCACAACAAGCUCAGGAGGGGAAGCCAGAAGAAGGUGUGCGCGUGCUGAUUUUGGACAGUAGGAGUCACAGAGACCUUCAUUUCAUUCCCAGUGCGGCGAUGCUGACGCUGAAGCCACCCCUCUCACUCGGGCAUGCAUACAGAGGCGACAUCUUGGGCGAGGAUCAGUGGACGUGGCUGCGCGCCCAACUGAAGCACUCCAAGGCGCGCGUUCACAUCCUGGUGUCUUCCAUUCAGAUUUUGACAGGACUGCCGCUGUUGGAAAGUUGGGGUCACUUCCCAGCAGCGCGAGACAGGCUGCUGCGCCUUCUACAGGAGACAAAGCCUCGAGGCCUACUGCUGCUUUCAGGGGAUGUUCACUUUACGGAGCUGCUCGGCACCCAGGGGGGCGUGGUAGAAUUAACGAGCAGCGGGAUGACGCACAGUGUAGGCGAGUCGCUCCUGACAUUCUCUGUGCUCACACCGAUGCUGAAGCCCAACACAGCCCGCCGACGAGCGGCAAGAGCAAGAGGCGAAGCACUGGCAAUCGCAGAACGGGCAGAUCUCCCGUUGAGCUGGUCUCCUUUUGAGAAAAAGAGUCAGUCUCAGGGAGGAAAUGAAGGGAAGGGGUCGAACCCACAGCUUCUUGAGGAGUCUAGCUCAAGGGGCGCUCCUAAUGCACACCAAGGGCCAGAGAGGCCAUCAAGGAAAAAUGCGGAGAUAAAUCCGCGAAUUCGAAUAAGAAGCAAGCUUCCAUGA